AAACUCAGGGGACACAAUCUCAGAAGGAAAGUGGCCAUGGACCUGAUCCCCAGCUUUUCAGUGGAAACCUGGAUUCUCCUGGCUAUCAGUCUGGCACUCCUCUAUCUAUAUGGGACCUAUAAACAUGGACUUUUUAAGAAGCUGGGAAUUCCUGGGCCAAAACCCUAUCCUUUUGUGGGAACUAUUCUGGGAUACCAUACGGGAAUAUUGGAUUUUGACAUGGACUGUUUUAAAAAGUACGGAAAUAUAUGGGGGAUCUAUGACGGUCGACAGCCUGUGUUGGUGAUCACCGACUUAGACCUGAUCAAAACAGUCCUAGUGAAAGAAUGUUAUUCUGUCUUCACAAAUCGGCGGUCUGUUGGUCCAGUGGGGUUUAUGAAAAGUUCCAUCUCUAUGGCUGAGGAUGAGACUUGGAAGAGAAUACGAACGCUGCUGUCUCCAACCUUCACCAGUGGAAAGCUCAAGGAGAUGUUCCCCAUCGUUAGCAAGUAUGGAGAUGUGUUGGUGAGGAACCUGAGGAAGGAAGCAGAUAAAGGCAAGCCCGUCACCUUGAAAGACAUCUUUGGGGCCUACAGCAUGGAUGUGAUUACUAGCACAUCAUUUGGAGUGAACAUCGAUUCCCUCAACAACCCACAAGAUCCCUUUGUGGAAAAUGUCAAGCAGCUCUUGAAAUUUAGUUUCUUCAAUCCGUUCAUUCUCUGCAUAACACUCUUUCCAUUCCUUGGCCCAGUUUUUGAAUCAUUUAAUAUUACUCUGUUUCCAAAAAGUGUUACUGAUUUUUUCAAAAAAUCUGUAAAAAAGAUGAAAGAAAGUCGCCUCCAAGAUAACCAAAAGCACCGAGUGGACUUUCUUCAGCUGAUGAUUAACUCCCAGAAUGCCAAAGAAGCAGACUCCCAUAAAGCUCUGUCUGAUCUGGAGCUUGUCGCCCAGUCUAUUAUCUUUAUUUUUGCUGGAUAUGAGACCACUAGCACGUCUCUUUCCUUCUUUAUGUAUUUGCUGGCCACACACCCUGAUGUGCAGCAGAAAUUACAGGAGGAGAUUGAUGCAACGUUUCCCAAUAAGGCACCUCCCACCUACGAUGCCCUGAUACAGAUGGAGUAUCUCGACAUGGUGUUGAAUGAGACUCUCAGAUUAUUCCCAAUUGCUGGUAGACUUGAGAGGGCCUGUAAGAAGGAUGUGGAAAUCAAUGGGGUGUUCAUUCCCAAAGGGACAGUGGUGAUGGUGCCAAACUUUAUUCUUCAACGAGACCCAAAGUACUGGUCAGAGCCUGAGGAGUUCCGUCCUGAAAGGUUCAGUAAGGAGAACAAGGACAAUAUAAACCCCUACACAUACAUGCCCUUUGGAAGUGGACCCCGAAACUGCAUUGGCAUGAGGUUUGCUAUCAUGAACAUGAAAGUUGCUAUCGUCAGAGUUCUGCAGAACUUCUCCUUCAAACCUUGCAAAGAAACACAGAUCCCUCUGAAAUUAGCAUCUCAAGGACUUACUCAACCAGAAAAACCCAUUGUUCUAAUGGCAGAGUUGAGAGAUGGGACUGUAAGUGGAGCCUGACUUUCCCUAAGGACUUACACUUUGUUCUUCAAGGGAGCUGUAUGCCCAGACACAAGAGAUCUCAAUGUACUUUGUGAAUAAAACCCAGAAAUGAAGAUGAA